AUGUCUCACAACAACCCAAGCUCUAGCUCUGAGAUGGGAAGUGACAGUGGUAAGGUCACAGAUAAGAAUGCUGCAUCUGGAUCUGAGCCAGGCUUAGAUCAAAGUGGCAAUCAGCAGAUAUGUAAUUCUCAAAUCUGUGCACAGCUGCAAAAUCCUAUAGAUGAACUGUUAUCUUUGGCUACUGCUAAUGACUUUGAAUCAGCACCAGAAGAGCUAACUAGUUUUGAAGAAGCUAUCAUCAAGGCUAGUCAGAAGUCUGCUGUUCUUUUUGACCUGUGGUCUAAACCAAAUGUGUUUGUGGCUAAAAGGCAUCCAACUAUUGACAUUGACUUUAUGGCUUGCUAUACUAAUGAGUCUUCAGAGAAGAAAGCUCAGCAAGCUGAGAUAUUCAAUGCUAUGCCUAACCUUACCCUUAGACAAAACUAG